AUGUGCUUCCGAUGCAGCGCAUCCAGCAUUCAUGUCGCUCGCCAUUGUAAGACAGAUGCGCGCUGUGAGGAGUGUGAUAGCAACGGUCAUGUGACAGCACUUCACUACGCAUCGUCGAAACCAUCAACUUCAAGCCUGCACGCUGCCAGUGACGACGGAGGGGAGAUCAUCACUAACAAAUGCAGUGAAGUAAGCGGACAGGAAGGAACUCCAAGAUCCUGUUCGAAAAUCUGUUUAGUCAGGGUGUAUCUGAAGGACAACCCGUCUAAUGCUAUAAAAACCUAUGUUCUUCUGGACGAUCAGAGUAAUGGCUCCUUUGCAAGAAGUACCAUAUUCACUAAAUUGGGCCUCCAGGGAGAUGUUAACGCAUACACCAUCAAAACAACUAUCCCAGGGAACCUUGCAGAAGUACCAACACCAGAAGUCGCAGAAUCAUUUCAGUACCUUAAGCAUAUCGCUUCAAAACUGCCACCCCUGGAGGAAAAUGCUGAGAUUUCCAUUCUCCUAGGAGGAGAUGCUCCGAAGACCCAUAAAGUAAGGGAACUUCGUAACGGACCAGACAACAUGCCAUGGGCACAGCGUUUAGAUCUUGGUUGGGUGGUGAUUGGCGAAGUUUGUGUGAAUGAUGUACAUAAGAAGAACGGUAUAUCUACAUGUAGAACGGAGAUCUUACUCAAUGGAAGACCAAGCAGGUUGUUUGAAGUUUGUAGAAAUCAUGUUGAAAUUCAAGAUUCGGAGUUAUUCAAAAUAAUCCCUGAUGAUGAGAAGACGGCUAUGUCCACAGAAAAUAGGAAAUUCGUUGAGAUCAUGAACAGCAAAAUGAAGAAAGAUGAAAAUGGGAAUUGGGAGGCACUAUUGCCUUUCAAAGAAGGUCGCAAUAUACUACCGAAUAACAAACCUGAAUCCUGUAAACUACUGCAGUCACUAAUACAUAGCUUUCAAAAGCGGCCCAAGAUGAAGCAGGAUUAUUUUGAGUUCAUGGGGAAGAUUAUGGAACGAGGACAUACCGAAGCAGUAAACGAUAGUAAAGAAGAGAGGCAGUUGGAGUGUUGGUAUUUUCCACACUUCGAAAUUUAUCACCCAAAAAAGCCUGAGAAAAUACGGGUUGUUUUUCACUCGAGUGCGGAAAGUAAAUGUAUCUCAUUGAAUGAUGUUCUCCUGAGUGGACCUGACCUGGUCAACAGUUUACACGGGGUUCUUGUGAGGUUUCGGGAAGAUGUCGUUCCCAUCAUGGCAGACAUCGAAGAGAUGUUUAAAGUCAGUGAGAACCACAGAGACUUUCUAAGGUUCUUAUGGUACAGGAAUAACGACCCUGCUGAAGAGGUUGUGACCUACCGAAUGAAAGUCCACAUUUUUGGAAACAAGCCAUCACCAGCCGUGGCCACAUUUGGGUUUCGUAAGACAGCGGAGCAAGGCGGACCACAGUUUGGAGAAGACGCUAGAAGGUUUGUUGAUGCAAAAUUUUAUGUCGACGAUGGUCUCAAGUCGGUUGGAUCACCAAGACAAGCGAUAGAUUUGUUACGCCGAACAAAGGCCAUCCUCGCAACUGCCAACAUCAGGCUUCAAAAGAUUGUCUCAAUAGUAACAAAGAAGUCCUUGAGGCCUUUGAUCAAGACGAUAGUCCCGGAUCUUAGAGAAUGGGACCCAGACAACAAUGCAGCACUUCAGCGGUCAUUAGGUGUGUAUUGGAAUGUAUCCACAGACUUGUUCACCUUUAAGGUAUCAGACACUAUGGACCGGCCUAACACCAAGAGAAGAGUGCUAUCAGAAAUAAACAGUGUGUUUGACCCGUUGCAGUUUGCCGCACCGGUGACAAUAGAAGGCAAAGCAUUGUUGAGAGAGAUGACACAAGGUUGGGACGAUCCUCUACCUCAGGAUAUCUUGUAUAGAUGGAACAAAUGGAGAGAGUCACUAAGUUCACUUUUCAAUCUAGGUGUAGCCAGGCCAUAUACGUUAAUACCGGCCAUCGAGGCAACAGGACGAGAGUUACAUGUCUUUUCAGAUGCAUUAAAUAAAGCUAUAGGAGCAGUGUGCUACUUAGGAACAAGCUAUGAAGAUGGUAAAAUUUAUCUGAGCUUCGUGGCGGGCAAAGCAAAAUUAGCACCAAAAUCAGCUACAUCCGUUCGUCUUGAAUUAUGCGGUGCUGUUCUUGCAGUCGAUCUAGCUGCAGCGGUCCUGGAUGAACUCAGUCUUGCCGUACAUGAAACUUACUACUACACCGACAGUAAGGUAGUCCUGUGCUAUAUACGCAAUGAAGGACGAAGGUUCUAUACGUAUGUUGCCAACCGAGUGGUCAGAAUGUUGCAAGUCACUACAGCCAAACAAUGGAAUUACGUUCGGACUGAUUUAAAUCCUGCCGAUGAAGCAACAAGAUCGGUAAGAGCUUCGGAUUUACAUCGUUCUCGUUGGCUGAUGGGGCCUGCGUUCCUUCACCAAGUCACCAGUGGUGCAACUGAUAGUAUGCAAGAUGAAUCCAUCGAGUUAGAAAAUGAUCCUGAAGUUCGCAGAGAAAUAACAUGUACUGUAAUAAGUUGGCCAUAUCAUAAACACUACUCAAAUCUGGAAGGUUCGACCGAUUUUCGAGUUGGAAAGGAAUGGUUCGUGCCAUAG